CAUUCACAACCACAACUCAUAUCAAAACUAAAUCACCAUUAACAAAACUAAAAUAACACUACAUACAAAUUAUAACAAAAGAAAGAAAAGAAAAAGAAAGAAAGAAAGGAAAGAGAGAGAGCUAAGGCCUUAGGCCUAGAAUAGAUAGAGGGAAAUGACGAUGACCUUUGUUUCACAACAUCCCCAUUUCUCAUUCUCAUCUCUCCAUUUCCAUUCAAAUUAUUCUCUCCCAAUGCCUUCUUCCACCACCUCUGCAAAUACUCCAACACUUCGCCGCAACAGGAGGAAGCUUAAUCUCACUUCUUCCUUCUUAUGUCGUAACUCGGCCACGGAACGACUCCCCUCGCCUCCAUUACCAGAUAAGGAAGUGAAGAGGAAGGUUCCGGAUCUGCAGACGCUGCUCAGGCGAUUCUGGAAGGUGGCGGCUCCUUAUUGGUCGUCUGAUGACAAAGCUCAAGCCAGGUUGCGACUCGCUGGUGUUUUUGCUCUUACUCUUGGUACAACUGGUAUUAGCGUUGGCUUCAAUUUUCUUGGCCGUGAUUUCUACAAUGCCCUAGCCAACAAGGACCAAGAACAAUUUUCCAAACAACUGCUCUACUACUUGGGUGCCUUCGCUGGUGGAAUUCCGGUUUUUGUGCUGAGAGAUUAUGCAAGAGAUACUCUUGCUCUGAGAUGGAGGUCUUGGAUGACAAGCUAUUACAUGGAACGCUACCUAAAGAACCAAACCUUUUACAAAAUUCAAUCACAAUCAAUUAUUGAUAACCCAGAUCAGAGGAUUGUUGAUGAUCUUAGUUCUUUCACGGGCACCGCCCUUUCCUUCUCAUUAACGAUUUUCAAUGCAGUGGUGGAUUUGAUUUCAUUCAGUAACAUCUUGCUUGGUAUCUAUCCUCCACUGUUUAUUGUUCUUCUUGUAUAUUCCGUCGGUGGAACAGCUAUAAGUAUCUUUCUUGGAAGGGAAUUGGUCAGUCUAAACUUCUUGCAAGAAAAAAAGGAAGCAGAUUUUCGUUAUGGCCUUGUGCGCAUCCGAGAGAAUGCUGAAUCGAUUGCUUUCUAUGGUGGUGAAGAAAAUGAAAUGCGACUUCUGCUGCAACGAUUCAAAAGUGCUUUUGAAAAUCUAAGUCAAUUGCUGAUUUCUUCGAGAAAUCUUGACUUUUUCACCAGUGGCUAUCGCUACCUCAUUCAAAUCCUUCCUGCUGCUCUUGUUGCUCCUAUGUAUUUCUCAGGAAAAAUAGAGUUCGGUGUCAUUAAUCAGUCAGUAUCUGCUUUUAAUCAUAUCCUUGGGGAUGUUUCUCUAGUCGUGUACCAGAUUCAAGCUAUCAGCGCAUUUUCAGCAAUAAUCGAUCGACUAGGUGAAUUUGAGGAUGUUCUGGAUAGUAGUGGGAGUUCCAACAGUAGUUCUGAUCCUGUAGAGGAGAUACAUCUCGCAUACUGUAGAACUGGUGGCUCACCCAAUCUUGCAUCAAAUGGAUCUGUACCUGUUGAUAAGUGCCAAAAGUUACUGGAUGUAGAGAGCUUGACAGUACAGACUCCCGGAAGUCAAUCUACAUUAGUCGAAGAUUUGUCUUUUGUAAUUAACCAGAAGGAGCAUCUAUUGAUCACUGGACCUAGUGGCAGUGGUAAGACUUCUUUAUUAAGAGCUAUGGCUGGUCUUUGGAAUACUGGAAGAGGAAAGAUCACAUUUUAUGUGGAAGAUGAAGAAGAUCUCCAGCCUCACACUCCUUCAGAUUUGAGUCCUCUUGAAACCGAUACUGCUCGUGAUUUAGACAUAAAGAUUGAAAGAUCCGUAUCUAGAAACAGCAGAAGUGUAUUUUUCCUUCCUCAAAGACCAUACAUGGUUUUGGGAACACUUCGUCAACAAUUACUUUAUCCAACAUGGUCUGUUGAUGCAAUUCCCACGGCAGAUGGAGAUAGCGAUACACUUCCUUUCUUGAUGGGCAUAUCAAACUCUGAGAAUACAAGUUCUGAACGUAAUAAGCCCACAACAGAGGAUAUAGUACAGGUUUUGGAGAAUGUCCGGCUUGGAUAUUUGUUGUCUCGUUUCAAUCUUGAUUCAACAUAUGAAUGGUCUAGUGUUUUAUCCUUGGGGGAGCAACAACGUCUUGCUUUUGCACGUAUUUUGCUUUCAAAACCAAGUUUGAUUCUAUUAGAUGAGUCAACAAGUGCUUUGGAUGAGUCUAAUGAGGCUCAUUUGUAUCAAGAAGCUGACAAAGCUGGUAUAACAUUUAUUAGUGUUGGCCACAGGCGAACCCUUUACGGCUUCCAUAGGAGAAGAUUGAACAUAUCGACUAUGGAUUCCAUCAAAAAUCAGCAAAAUUGGCACAUCGAAUUGAUCGACCAUGGCAGUUCGUAUAAUUUGUCAAGUUUGUAGUUGGAAAAAAAAAAAUUGAGGCUUACACGAUUUGAGGGUCCACGAUAGGAGUUUGUUAAUAUAAUCCCUCUUUUGUAGAAAACCCAUUCCAAAAGAUGAAUGAAUGAAUGUGCUUACCUUUACGUUUGUUCUUGGUUUGCAAGAAAUAUGAUGUUGAGACCAUGGUGGCUUAGAGAGGUUUAAAGAAUGUGAACUAACAAAAACCUAUGAAAAAUUAGGAUUGUUAAUAGUACUUGUUGCAGGCUUGUAUGCAAAGAGGGCUGUAAUAAUAUUAAUCAUGUAGCUACUGGAACUUGUAAAUCUGGUCAAUUUUAGUGGUUGGAAACAAAUAUUUUUCAAUA